UUUGCAGCAAAUCGCCUGCAGAGAGCAAGACUUAUGCCUCGAUCGAUAUGACGAGGAAUGACGAUGAAGGACACGUCACCACACGUUUCCACACUGACGCUUUUUACGCAUGCGUAUCAUUUGUUUUUGACUGUUCCGACAUCUCCGUCGUCCAUCAAGUGACAAUCCUCGUGAACAAUUGUCCGCCGGUUAUAUCGUCUAGCUGUUACUGAAAAUGUCAGGAAAGUCUAAAGCAUUUACCAAAGAGGAGGAGCUACUAUUGCAAGACUUCUCCAGAAAUGUAUCGACAAAAUCUUCGGCGUUGUUCUAUGGCAAUGCUUUCAUCGUUUCGGCGAUACCCAUUUGGUUGUUUUGGAGAAUACAUUUGAUUGAUUUAUACUCUAACCUGAUCUCUUUUGUAUUGGUUACAUUGGCGAGCACAUACGCCCUUGCCUUAGCAUAUAAAAACACAAAAUUCAUUCUUAAACAUAAGAUCGCAGUAAAAAGGGAAGAUGCUGUAACUAAAGAAAUAAGCCGUAAACUCGCAGAAGACAAGAAGAUGAGCAAGAAAGAAAAGGAUGAAAGGAUCUUGUGGAAGAAGAAUGAAGUGGCAGAUUAUGAAGCAACAACAUUCUCAAUUUUCUACAAUAAUGCCCUUUUCCUGGCAUUCGUCAUCGUAUCUUCGUUUUACAUUUUAAAAACAUUUACACCUGCAGUAAAUUAUAUACUUUCUGUAGGCGUUACUAGCGCAUUCCUAGCAUUAUUUUCAACAGGAUCUCAAUAAUAUAUGCUAUGAACUCAUGUAUUCUGUUAAUUUCAUAAGAAAUCUCCAUCAGUUCGAUUUACCUUUUGAUAUGGAACAAUUAUGGAUAAUAAAAAAUUCUAUUUAUAAUGAAAUCAUCUGCUAUAAAUUAUUUGCUAUUUCCGGACAACAUGGUUAACAUUUCUAAGUUAUAAGCAAUUAAAAAAUUGUUCUUAUUAAAUAGCAAAUAGAACUAUACAUUUGUUAACAUUUUAUCUUUAUAAGGCUUUGACCAAACUCUAAUUAAAUAGUGAUAAUUCAAUGAAAUUACAGUAAAAUUUCUAAAUAUAAUAUGUUGUUUCUAAUUUAAUCUUCUCAAAAAAUAUGUCAAAAAUUAAUGAUUCUAUUCAUUUAACUAUAGAUAUUAUCUGAUAAGCUAAUCGCCGAUUAAUCAGAAUUUGAUGUACAUUAUCUUGAGCAAUAUUAAUUUGUAAUCUUAUGCAAUGUAUAUAGAAAAUUAUAAUAUAAUAGAUAUAAAUUACAUUAU